AUGUUGAAAAAAAGCGAUACAGAGCUACCAGCAGACGGCAAAAUCACGGUUGUCACUGUGAAGGCUCUUCCAAGCGGUGAGAAGCGCACCAAAAAAACGCCUGCCAAGACCAAUGAAGAAAUACAAAGGGAAGUGAAGGACUUGCUUGAGCGGAUGAACGCCGAAAAAGGUGCUCAGAUUGAAGAUGUUGAAGCGCUUUCGAAGGCUCUAGGGGGAUUAUGGGCAGAGUCAAUGGAUUUUGCUACCUCUACAAGCUCGGUUAAAGGGGAUGAGCCUGCAGACUUGACUGAGCAGCAAUGGGAUCGAGUCAUGUCCAACAACCGCGUCUUACAUGGGUAUUGGUAUGAUGCAGCGAAGAAGACCAUGCGAAAGGCUCGUAGAAGAGCUCCCUUGCAGAAGCCUUUACCCUCGAUCCCACCAUUCUAUGUCUCUGAUGAUGCGGAGGUUGAGAUCACAGAGACCAGACAAGCAUUUCAGAAUAGCUUAGCCAAGCAGGGGUUCAGCGCAACUAUUAUCAAGGCUAUGGGGGAAAUAGAUGGCCCUGAAAAGCUAGGAACUUCGGGCUCGGUCUCCGCAGCAUCCGACGAAGAGCAUUCGCACGCUUCAAAGGCGGUCGAAUCCUCGAAAAUUCAACACUUACAUGUCGCCUACAAGUUUCCUCGGGUUGUGAUAGAGCUUGAUCACACUUCUCUGGCCCUUACCCAGGAAUGUAUUAGCGAAGCUCAAUCGAUCGCCAAUUCAGAACAAGCAGAAAAAUUCAUUCGCAACUACGGAAAUGUUUUUGCGGCUACACUCACUCUAGGGGGUGAGCUUCACAGCACCCGCAGCCUUACUGAGAAAGAGAAGACUAGCUUAGAAGCUACCAAGGACCAUGUGAAAACUGCUGCCGGAUUUAGUCUUUCGAGUCCGUAUCUGAGCGCAGGAAUUAGUGGUGGUACAGCAGAAGCUGGUAACGUGCAGACAUUGGAGCAACAACUACGACAGAAUCUGCGACUCGCAUGGCACGCGAGAGGUGGCGACACAAUAUUAUGUUCCAACCCGCCGCAAUGGGGUCCCACUGUUAAAAAUCAUCAACUGUGGCGCGUCAUGGAUGUAAGUUUCGUCAGCGGCCUGAGAAAAUAUGUCGGACCCUUUGAGAAGACUGAGUUUACUUACAAAAAUCUUUAUUUUCAGCAAGAGACCAUUGUCAAUAUGAUUGAGUUCAUUAGACUCAUCGAUGCCAGUAUCGCGGAUCGUAUAGAGUCGCCUUCAACCCCUCCAAAGAACGAUCAAGAUGAAUUGGAAAGAAUCUGGGUUAUCUUGGGUGAAGAACUUGAAGGGAAUGAGAUGGGUAAUAUCGGGCUUGCAGUCAAAAAGUUCCUCGAGAGUAAUCGUUUUGUGCUGAAGGACUAUAACGAAAGCAUCGGCAAAGAUGAGGGGCAAUGGACUAAAAAGAAGGCUUGGAGUGAAUUGACGAAGGCUGAAAAAUGCAAUGUUGGUGUUCUCGGCUGGAAAAAGGGCGCUGUCAAGAUUAACUAG